UUUUAGGUGUAUGAUGAAUUGAUGGUCCCACACCACAUCACACAAAACCUAAGUGUUUUCGAUACUUGCCUAAUCUUCUCCCAUCUUCUUCUUCAUUGCAACCACCCUACUGCCAUUUUCUCACCUUUUUCUACAGUCUUUAAUGGCUGCCCACACCUUUCCACCUAAUUUCACUCAAUAAAAAUAUGUGGGUUAUUGUUUAAUCCAUCAGGGGUUCUUCUUCUUGAUCAAGCCAAGAAACCCUUUUCUCGUUUUCCCCCCAUUUUGUUUCCAUUUUUGGUGGCUUUCAUAUGCUUACCAUAAGUGUAUUGAAGCAUAAUCUUGUACUUUUUUGACAUUUUCUCCAAGAUAAUUGUACCAGAAUCUGAAAAUUGACACAAGUUUUCAUCUGGGUUUCUUGUUUUUCAGAAAUCUUGAGAUUACCCACAUUGAGUUAAGUUCCAAUUUCUCAAGAAAUUUGGUUAGAAAUAAUCUUGAAUGUUUGAUCUUUCUCUAGGUCUUUUAGUUCGGUCAGAACCCUUCAAAAUUUGGGGAUCUUUUUGGUGUUGAAGAAUUUCAAGCAAUUGGAUUGGAAAUCACAUUGAAUUAGUGACCAAAAUUGGGUGAAAAAGAGGAAAAAAGGGGAAAAAGUUUGAUUCUUGAUCAGUUAAAGAAUUCAAAUUCGAAUUCGGUUCAUCUUUUCUGAGGAAUUGCUUUCGAAAUUUCAGGCUUACUAUUGUGGAUCAUCAAGAAAAUCUAAGAAGACACCGGAAUUGUUUUCAAGAAAUCUUUAAUUCAUCAUGGCAAAGAAAUCAAGACAGCGUGCUCCGCGACAGAAGAGAGAUCAUCCGGGUUGUAUGUGGGGAUUAAUGAGUAUGUUCGACUUUCGGCAUGGUCGGACCACAAGAAGGAUGCUUUCAGAUCGAAGAAGACACAUGGCCGACAAUACUCAUGGUUCUUCAUACCCUACGUCGGAAGCGAAUUUGCCCACAAAUUCUGACGAAAUGCAUCUAAGCAUCGAGGAUCGCGAAAAAAUAAAAAAACCGGCGUUUGAUCUCGUUAGGACGAGGGUGAAGGAACUUAUCGAAGACGAGAUGUUUGUUGACCGAGAUCUGAAGAAGCAAAAUGACACCAAGAAGGUAGAAUCAUUCGAUUUAGAAUGCAGCAGCCGUGUAUCAAACCGGAAGCAUCCGGAAAAAACUUCAAAGAAAUCCGUUGAUCACGAAAUCUCGAUCAGUCGCCAAGUUUCAGCUCCGAAAGCCUCACAGUAUCAUGAUCUCGAGGAGCUCGUUAAAGAAAUCUUGGUGAUUCACCAGAAAAAGAAUAACGAGCAGCAAGGCGAUCUCAAUCCAGGGGCAAAACGGUCUUUUCCAAUCGUCGAAGAAAAGCUAAUUGCGGCCGUGGAGGUGUUGCUGAACGAAAAAUCCAGUAAUGGAGAUCUCAAACAAAUUCGCCAUUCGAAGGAGAUGUUUCAGAUGCUGAGUUCGAAUAAAGAAAUGUUCUUGAAACUCCUUCAAGAUCAAAACUCGAUUUUGCUAAACGAAGACCAAAAGUCAAAGUCAAAGUCAAUGGCGGGAUCGAACUUGUUGGAACCCGAGGAGCCCGUCCGUAAAAACCGGAAGUUUUUCAGAAGAAGGAGCAAGUCACAAGAAUGUAUAUCGUUAAACGGGAAGGAUAAAAUCGUCCUUUUGAAGCCCGGUUCGCCGGAAAACAGAGUUCCGAUAGGAAACGACAUCCACACCGAUGGAAAUGGUUCCCAGUUUUCGUUCAUGGAGAUCAAAAGACGGCUAAAACAAGCGAUGGGAAAACCGGGACCCGGUGAAAGAUCGGGAAAAACAGUUGCUGAUGGUGGAUGGAGUUCUCCGAAUCGAGAUCAUUUCUAUACCGAAAGAUUUGCUCGAGUAGCCAACGGGCUUAAAACGGGCGAUCGGGUUUCAAAGUUACGAGAUUCAGAAACGAUAAACGGAGAUGCCAAUCAUCGGAUAUCGAACAUUUAUGUCGAGGCCAAGAAACAUUUAUCCGAGAUGCUAACGAGUGGCGAUGAAGAUGCCGAAACGAUGAUGAGAAGCCUCCCGAAAAGUCUCGGGAGGAUUCUGUCGCUUCGAGAUUACAGCUCGGUUUCUCCCGGAACAAGUCCUCGGGAGGAUUUACGCACGGUCAACAAAAGUCAACCGUUAACGACGAACGAUAUUUCCAAAGAGAAAGUUGUAGUUUCUGAUGAUAUGGCUUCUGAAGGGAUUCUCGAGAUCAUAAGUUUGCCUUCUUGUGAUCAAGAACAACCCGAGCAAAUGGAAGAUUUCGAUGUUUCGCGUGAACCAUGUGGCUCUUCGAUAAAUGAUGACCAUGAGGCGGUGAUAUUUGACGGUUCAAAUGAAGAAAGAUCGUCGGAGAGCUUGAAAACGGAUUUACCCGAUGAGAACGAGUCGUCUACUUCUCGAACCCGAAUCGAGCCUUCACUAGCCGGCAAGAAUGAAGAACUUGAGAUCACUCCCGGUGAUAGAGCCGGGAAGCCGAGUCCGAUCUCCGUUCUCGAGCCGUUGUUCUCAGAUGACGAUGUUAGCCCUGCAAGAACCGUCUCUCGACCUGUAGAAGCUGCGAUUCAACCGUUAUGUAUCCAAUUCGAAGAACCCGUUUGCGUUUCCAAAGAUCAACAAAUACGAAUCACGGACUCUGCGGAUACGGAGGAAUCUGCAUUCGAGUACGUUGAAGCCGUGCUACUAUCGUCCGAUCUCAACUGGUUGGAAUUUGAAAAACGGUGGCUUUCAGCGGUUCAAAUCCUCGAUCCGUCUUUAUUUGAGGAAGUCGAAACUUUUUCGAGCCGGGCCCGAUACGACCAACGGCUCCUUUUCGAUUCAACCAACGAAGCUCUCGAAGAGGUUUGUGAUCGUUUCAUUCCCGAGUCGUCUUUCAUCAAACCGAAGGUUUGGCCCGUUCCGAAAGGAAUGGACCUAAUAAACGAGGUGUGGUCCCGACUCGAGUCACGGCUCGGUAAGGUUUACCCUCGAGAUCUCAACAAGCUCGUGAGAAACGAUUUGGAAACAUCGAGAACGUGGUUGGACCUUCGAUCCGAAUCUCGCCAAAUUGUUAUCGAGAUCGAAGAAUCGAUCUUUGAAGAAACGAUGGAUGAUACCCUUUUUGAGUUUAUUCAAGAUAUUAGAGAUUAGAAUGAAUAACGAUUGAUCUUGUUCGUGAAAAACCCGUGGAUCGUUUGAUCGUGGGGUCGCGAUCGGGUUUUCGGAAGCUGGUGUUCUUGUUUUGUUGAUUAGUGAGGAUUUUUAGGGUUUGGUUUUUGGUGUGUUUUUGACAUAGUUACAAAGAUAUAUAUAAAUGGAGAUUAGUUUGUAACUA